GCAUAGCCGACCUUGUGAAGUGUGCAGUGUCGUCAUCGGGCGACUCCGUGAACGUAGAGCUCACAGGGCGUUUGUUUAGCCUUAUUGUGUAUACAUAACAAGAAGGAAAAUAAGGGACGAGGCGAAUUUGGAGAGAUCUUAACCCAACUAGCAUAAUGGCGUUACCCUUCUCAGCAAUGCCUGGACCCCGGUGCGUUCCAAUAUUUGGCUCGGCGUUAAAUUAUACCAAGUUAGGUCCUUACAGAUUUGAACGGCUUCAUCUUGCUAAACUGGAAUACUACCAGCGUUACGGGCGGAUAUACAAGGAAAAACUUGGACCGAUGACAGUGGUUAAUUUGUUUGACCCAGUCGACAUCGCUAAAGUAUUCCGUGGUGAGGGAAAGUAUCCCAAACGACCUCCGAUGCCAAUAGUCUAUAUCGCUGAAAAACGAGAAAAGUUUGCCCUCGGAAUAGGUUCUUUACAAGGCGAGGCCUGGUUCAACGUGAGAAAGUCAGUUCAGAAGAUGAUGAUGCAUCCAAGGGCAGCCUCUGUUUAUCUCCCGGCACAAAACGAAGUAGCGGACGAUUUUCUUCAACUUCUGUUAGACAAACGAGAUAGAACAAGCGGCGAAGUAUCAGAGCUGUUCUCUUACGUCACCAAAUAUGCCAUGGAAUCUAUCGGCACAGUAUGUUUCAACACAAGACUUGGGGUAAUGGAUGACGAUUUAUGUCUUGGUUCUGACGCCAACAAGAUGAUAUCGUCGUCACAAGCCAUGUUUGACGCCGUGCAAAAAACGAUGUAUGCGUUUCCGUGGUAUCAUUUCUUUCGAACACGACUGUACUCGCAGUUUGUUACUGGAAAACGUGGAUGUAACGAACUUGCGCUUAAAUAUCUCAAUGCCGCUAGAGAGAAAUUUGGGGAGGUUAGCUCCAAUGAUUCUGAAAACAAUGACAGUUUCCUCUCCGCUGUGCUAUCGAAUAAGGCUUUGUCAAACGAGGAUGCAGUGAAUCUGACCGUAGAUUUAUUUACUGCAGGGAUAGAUUCAACUGCCAGCGCUCUGUCCUUUGCUCUCUAUCACCUGGCCAAAAAUCCGGCUGAACAAGAAAAGCUUUAUCAGGAAAUAUCCACAGUGAUACCCCGCGGAUGUUCAGUGAGCGUCAGUCACAUAGACAACAUGCCGUACCUGAAAGCAUGUAUUAAAGAGUCCUUCAGGCUCAAUUUCCCAGUGGAAGGGGGGACGAGGAGGUUUCUGGAGGAAGAUACUGUACUUGGAGGAUACAUGGUGCCUAAAGGGGCUUUGAUUGCCAUGAACAAUCAAGUAAUGUGUCUUCAAGAGGAAUAUUUUGAACGUCCUGAAGAAUUUCUGCCGGAACGCUGGUUGAAGAAAGACAGUAGAGACAUUCAGGCACCACCACCAUUCGUAAUGAUGCCUUUUGGAUACGGCCCUAGAAUGUGUAUAGGGAGGAGAUUUGCUGAACAAGAAAUAUACCUAGCUUUGAUUAAGAUUGUUCAAACUUUCCGGAUGGAAUAUCAUCAUGAACCUAUUGGCAUGAUUAACCGAGUGUUCACAAUGCCGGACAAGGCGCUCAGGAUUGCCCUUUUUCCAAGGGACUGACCAGUUGUGCUCGGCAAGUCUUACUUCGAGUUCUGUAUCACCUGCUACGCACGUUAAAGGUGAUUUCUACAGGCGUCUUUUUAUUGAACCACACGGAUGUAAUCUAAGAUGACUAGGGACUGUUCUACAGGUUGUCACGUCAAUUACAUACGCCUUGUUGCAUUAAGCUACUCGAUUUUCUUCAAAGCUCUUAGUUUGGCUUAGUCACGGAUGGUGCUUCUGAUCGAUUACAUUAUCAAUUUUGAUUUUUGAAGAACUGCACGACCAGGAAGGCCAGUAUAAAAAAACUAAAAUUCGGUACAGAUAUCGCCUUCUUCACUUGUAAUGAAAAAACGUAAAGAAAUCGGAAAAAUACUGUACC